GAGAGGAAAAUAUGGCGUUCAGGGAUCGCUUUUGUUCUUCUGGCUCUGAAGUGAAUUUGAUCAAUGAAAACGAGCCAGAUGACCAUUUUGAAGACGACCCAGACCCGUGUCCAGAAGAAGAAGAAGAAAUAGACCUUGGUAUUCACGCUCCAUCAGACGAUCAAUGGUUUCAUGGAAAGCUUGACAGAGGAGACGCUGAAAAGAGGCUCAUGAACAAUGGACAAGUUGGCUCAUAUCUUGUGCGUGAAAGUGAUCGACGGCCAGGGACAUAUUCUCUCUCUUAUCUUGGUCAAAAUGGCAUCAGUCACUUCCGUGUAACAGGCGUGUGCGGAGACUAUUAUAUUGGGGGACGACAGUUCUGUUCUCUGAAUGAUCUCAUUGGUUACUACACAGCAUGGUCUUGUUUACUAAAGGAUGAACACCUGAAAUUUCCUGUUCCACCUCCAGAACCAGUUCUUGUCAAGAAAAGAGUGAUAGCCAAGUACACUUACAGCAAAGUGCCAGAUACAGAUGAACUUAGUUUCUUCCAGGGAGAUGUGUUUGUGGUUGAUGAUGUUAUUGACAGUGACUGGCUCUGGGUGACAGCCCAGAAAAACAGGGAAACAGGCUUGGUGCCUGCUGCCCUUGUGGAGGAUGCUAAAACAGAUCUUGAUCCUUGUGCAGGAAAGCCGUGGUUCUUUGGAAAUAUUUCAAGAGAAGAAGCACAUGAGAUUCUUUACAGAGAUGGUGUUAUUGGGAGUUUUCUCAUAAGGCCAAGUGAUAAAUCUCCAGGAGAUUAUUCCCUCUCUCUCAGAGGAUCGGAUGGUAUCACUCGCUUCCUGAUUAGGAAGCAAGGAAUGCAGUAUUCUUUGGGAGGGAGAAAUUUUGACAGUAUCGAUGCUGUAGUAGCAAGAUACAAGCGUGAAUACAUUGUGGAGAACCUUUCUUUAAAGGAGCCUGUGUCUAGGGUGCAGGACUGGGAUCUUCCACACAGACCCAUGACGCCGAGCAGGAUAGUGGAGCAGAGAAAUGGCUCGUCAUUCGCGCUCAGACCAGGACCAGUUAUUUUAAAUCGAACUCAGCCUGCCUUCAAGAGGGGAUUUUUAGUCAAGAAAGGACAUCGUAACAAAUGGAAGCGAAUGUUCUUCGUUCUUGAUGGAGAUGAACAGCAUUUGUAUUUCUUUGAAAAUGAAAAGAGAACUAAACCCAAAGGCAUGAUGGAUCUUAGCUUCUCUAUGGUUUACGAGGUUCAUCAAAGCUUUUUUGGCAGGCCAAAUUGCUUUCAAGUGGUGGUGCGAGCGUUUAAUGAGUCUCGGAUGUUCUACCUUUGCGCCGACACACAGGAUCUAGCUAAUGAUUGGAUGGAGGCGAUUAAGAAGUUUUGUGGCAAACCAAUGAUCACCAACCUUGGCGAGAGGGAUGUGAAGCAGUUACGAAGCUUAGAAGUUACUCUUGUAGAGGCCCACAAAUUGAAUUCCAACAAAGUUUCUCACCCUUACUGCAUGAUUUCCUUGAACGAAGUCAAAACCUGCCGCUCGAAGACACAGGAGUGUCAUUCGCCCAUAUGGAACGAAGAAUUUAAGUUCAAUGACUUGCCCUCCGAUGUUUCCUAUUAUUCAGUCGAUCUUUACAAUCGCAACAAACGCUCCAAAGAUGUCCUAGUAGGAAGUGCUAUGGUCCCACUUAACCGUUUACCCAAAGGGAAUAUGCUAGAUGAGUGGUACCCACUUCUUUCGGCGUCUCACUCCAAAUUGGAGGUUGGCAGCGUUCGUGUCCGCAGUAAAUUCACGCAUGAGAUUAUUAUGCCGGUAGAAGAGUAUAAUUCACUCAAGGAGAUCAUUCUGGACAAGGAUUUACAAGCUGUGAAGAGUCUUGGUCAGGUUUGCAAGGACCGAGUGAGCCUGGCCUCCACUUUGCUUAAAAUAUUCCGCCAUGAAAGGGAAGAAAUCUUCCUGCUAAAAACGAUGAACUCAUUGGAAAUAGAAAACCAAGAGGAAGUAUCAACGUUGUUUCGCGGAACUUCGUUAACCACAACACUCAUGGACCAGUACAUGAAAAUGGUCGCUAUUCCCUAUCUACAGAAAACAAUUGGUGAUGUCGUAGCAAAAAUUGUGGAUUGUAAACAGUCUUGCGAGUUAAAUCCAGCUAAACUCGAAAAAGGUGCAGACACUGUAGUAAAUCUUAAACAACUCCUGGAGUUUUUAUUUGAAGGAGUUGAUGCGAUUGUCAGGUCACCUGAAGAUUGUCCAAGAACUUUGCGUUACCUGUUUUGCUGUCUGCAACAAAAUGUCAAAGAUAGAUGGUCCGACAAUGAAAUAGUUAGAAGCCGUGUUGUUAGUGGUUUUCUCUUCCUGCGGUUAAUUUGUCCCGCCAUAAUGAACCCAAGGAUUUGCAACAUGAUGUCAGAAUCUCCGUCAUCGUGUGCUGCCCGGACUCUGACUCUAGUCGCGAAGUGUCUUCAAAACUUAGCAAACUUGGUUGAAUUUGGCGUUAAGGAAUCGUUCAUGACCCCAGUAAAUCCUUUCAUUUUGAGAAACAAGGAAAAAAUGAUAAAUUUUCUGGACGAGUUGGCGAGCGUGACACAAACUCCUCCGAUUACGGAGCAAGUGUCCUCAGAUCCGUCACGUGAUCUUGCCGCUCUUCACGAUAUAUGUUGGACAUACAAGUCAGAGCUGCAACAGCUGAGUCAAACACAGCCGGGGUUAAAAAAGCUUUUAGCUGUUACGGAAACCCUGCGACAAAGAGAAGAACAAUUUCUGCAAGAAAACUCGAGCUUAACAAAUAGAACGGAGAAGUUGGUUUGAAAUACCACAGUCAGCGUCGAGAUGAAGUCAGCGGCAGAACACGUGACGUACACAGAGCGCAUGCCAUGUGUUAUUGGCUAUUACAGGAGUUACACGUGACAACUAUGAUCAAGGCACAAAGUUAACGCUGUUAUAUGGCUCCUCUACUGCCACCUAAUCCUGCAUCUGCCUUUCUCACAUUCUUUUUAAGAUUCCAGAUUUAUUUUUAGUAUUUAUUAAUAUAUUAUAUUGCGAUUGAUCGUCUUUGGUAUUAAUGUAAGUGAAAUAUGUAUGAUUUAUAUGUAAGAGCAAUCAGUAGCAAUCUCUUAAUCAGGUCGUGCGUGACUUUGUGACAAAGAUAUGUUGGUCCUAAACGAAACCGAAGUCGUCUCCUUGGGGAAAGCGUUGCAACUGCUUUAGCUAGCUACUCCACUGUUUGUAGAAGUUGAGAAAUUUUCCCAUAAUUUUUUUGUAGUUCGUCUCAUACAAUCUUUUAUAGUAGUCGGCAUCCUCAGCAAAUUCUCGUUCCUUUUCGUUUCUUUUCUUACCUGUUUGGUAUUUAUCUGCACUAGCGAUCGAUUAUUUCAAGUUUGUAUUUUAUUUGACCACUAGACGUCAAGGAUCCAGUAAGUUACUCUCCCGACUGACUUUCGUACAUUUCCUUGUAAAUGAGUUAGGAGAAUUGAAUGUUAUAAUGGCUCAAUCAAACAGCAAGGUCUUAAGAAUUACAUAACUGUUCACCAUUUACCGGAACUCUUGAUUGGUAAACAAAUUAUCAUUGUCAGUGCCUUAGGCAAAGUGUUUAGCGUGUGCUCAGGCUCUCGGUCAAGGAGAAAAGCCAAAAAAUGGCGGUAAAAAGUCGCCAAGGGUCAUUCGCACACUGCCGUACCCGUCUCAAGUGAUUUUUUUAGCCUGGACAGGCUAAAAGGAUUUUGGGUUCAUGAAUGAGGUAAUCUUCCUUACUUAGAAGUGUCGACUUUAUCAUUUUUAAUAGUUUUCUUUUCUUGUUUUCAAGUUGAUACGGUAGGGUUUUUGUACAAGUGUUUUCAUUGUGUUCCCUGAGACCCUGAUCAAACAUCUCCACUGUACAUCUAGGAAUAUGGUUUUCACAUAGAAUCUACCACUAGGCUGAUUAGUAGAUGUUACUCUAGGACUGGCCAUUUAAGUCGAAUGCCAACUAGCUUUAUCUCUUUAAAAUGUGUUAGUGGUAAGGAAUGAAUUUUGUAGGUCUUGAAUUAGUUUUCUUUUUUUGAAUGUUGAACUAAUCGGAGAAUACUUGUAUAUAAAAGAGAAAAUUAUGAGGUAGACGUAAUAGAUUUAAAACGACAGAAGACGUGAUUGAGUUAGUAGAUCUGAUGGCACGAAAGGAAGCUUGUUAUUGAUGACUUCAAAAAUUAUAGUGCAAUUUUCAGAUCAUGUCCGCAGAACGAAUUGUGAUUUUAUGACGUGAAUACAACACAAAAUUGUGGAUAUGUUGCAGAGAAAAGGAAAAUGGUAGAAAUAUUCCGUAAUCAUAUGCAAAAUGACUCAUUGCGGCGAAACAAAAGAAGGAUUUAUCGACAACUCUCUUGGCCUCAUUCUCUGUUUUUUUGUUUUUGUUUUUUUGUCUUUAUGUAAUUGAUCGAUUGAUAUCCAGCCAAUCUAUGCCUUCUCUUAGUUUUCGUUUUGUUUCUGUUGCUCAUCAUUCUGUAUGUUAGAACUUAAUUCAGUCGUUAGUUUCUUGAGUUUUAUUGCAUAUGAUAUCUUACAUUUGGAACUUUCCACCCAACUCAAUUUAAUGCAACAAUGGCCUUUCAUCACCAAAUCAAAAAGUUGUUAAAGAGUAUUUUGUAAUAAAUAAAAAGUUUUAUAUGA